CGAUAUUUAUUUAGUCCUGAAGCCGAGCUGCGAGCAUGUUCUCCCUGCCCGUGAUGGUGGGCCUCGUCCCGAUUCUGUCUCUCUGCGGUUUGUUCUACUCGGCCGCCGUGGACGAGAACUUCCCUCAAGGCUGCACCAGCAGCAACAGUCUGUGUUUCUACAGCCUGCUGCUGCCCGUCACCAUCCCCGUCUACGUCUUCUUCCACCUGUGGAGCUGGAUGGGCAUCAAACUCUUCAGACACAACUAGACUGUGACUGCGCUAAAGGAAAAAUCCACCUGAGAACACAGACGCACCUGUACAGGUACCACAAAGGUCAAACUGGACGGUGUGACGUCACAUCAGGACGAUGCUGAAGGACAACUUUAAGUUUUAAAGGUGGAUUUUUGCUUUAAUGCACGAGCUGAAUGUUUUAUUAACAUGGAGAGUUUAAUAACUGACUAAAUAUAAAUAAAGAUUUAUUUCUUUUGAA